CGCGAAAAAGCUGCAACUUUUCUACCCCUCCAUCCACUGAUAAUCAAACCCCACCAGCCGCCUCCAUCCCAUCAUGGCUUCGGAUUCCCCGAUUUUGCCCAAGAAGGGCCAGCGCAAUAUCCUGGUCACCAGUGCCUUGCCCUACGUCAACAAUGUACCGCACUUGGGCAACAUCGUAGGCUCCGUCCUCAGUGCGGAUGUCUUCUCCAGGUUCCACAAGGCCUCCGGGCAUCAAACGCUUUACAUCUGUGGUACCGAUGAAUACGGAACAGCGACGGAGACCAAAGCUUUGGAGGAGAAGGUGACGCCGGAGGAGCUGUGCGCCAAGUACAACAAGAUCCACCAAGAGGUGUAUGAAUGGUUCGGCAUCGGCUUCGACCACUUCGGACGUACCCCGACGAAGCAGCACACCGAGAUUUCCCAGGCCAUCUUCAAGAGACUGUAUGAGAACGGCUAUCUCACCGAGAAGACUGCGGAGCAGCCCUUCUGUGAGACCCAUGGGUCUUUCCUGGCGGAUCGCUAUGUGGAAGGAGAGUGCCCCCGAUGCCACUACGACGAUGCCCGUGGAGACCAAUGCGAUAAGUGCGGACAUCUUCUCGAUCCGUUCGACCUCAUCAACCCGCGGUGUAAGCUCGAUGGCGCCACCCCCGUACGCCGCUCGACGAAACACAUCCACCUCCUACUUGACAAGCUCCAGCCUCAGAUCGAACAGUGGUCUCGCGCGGCCAUCGAGAAGGGUGACUGGCCUAAGAACUCGCGCGUCAUUACCGAGUCCUGGUUGAAGGAAGGCCUGAAGGAUCGGGGUAUCACGAGAGACCUCAAAUGGGGUGUCCCCGUGCCUCUUGAAGGGUUCGAAAACAAAGUGCUCUAUGUCUGGUUCGAGGCCUGCAUCGGCUACCCAUCUAUCACUGCCAAUUACACCCCAGACUGGGAGCUCUGGUGGCGGAACCCGGAGGAUGUCCAGCUGUAUCAAUUCCUGGGCAAGGACAACGUUCCGUUCCACAGUGUCAUUUUCCCUGGCUGCCAGAUGGGAACCGAGGAAAAGUGGACCAUGCUCCAUCACCUGAGCACGACGGAGUAUCUGAACUACGAAGGUGGCAAGUUUAGCAAGUCUCGGGGUAUUGGUGUCUUUGGCAACAACGCCAAGCAGACGGGUGUGCCCCCGGAUGUCUGGCGCUAUUACCUCUUGAAGAACCGUCCGGAAACUGGCGAUACCCAAUUUGAAUGGCGCUCGUUCGUCGAGAGCAACAACAGCGAGCUGCUAGCCAAACUGGGCAACCUGGUCAACCGUGUCAUCAAGCUUGUGGCAGCCUCGUAUGGCUCGACCGUUCCUGAAUUCACCGUUCCUGAAACCUUUCAGCCUACCUUGGACGAGGUUACGACAACUCUCCGCCAGUAUAUCGAGGAGAUGGAAGGCGCCCACCUCCGUGCGGGUGUUACGAGCGCGAUGAAGCUGGCCGAGGCCGGAAACGGCCUGAUCCAGGCCAAUCGCCUCGACAACUCUCUCAUCGCCAAUGAGCCUGAGCGUGCUGCCGCGGUCGUCGGCACUGUGCUAAACCUGAUCCACCUUUUGGCCAGCGUUUUUUCUCCCUACCUUCCCGCUACCUCCAAGGCGAUCAACGAGCAGCUUGACGCACCGUUCGGAGUCAUCCCCUCCCUGGAGGACAUCAAGGACGGCUGGAAGCCGGUUGCCAUCCAGCCCGGCCACAAGAUCGGAAAGGCCAAGUACCUGUUCUCUCGGAUUGACCCAAAGAAGGCCGAUGAGUGGCGUGAUAUGUUCGGUGGCUCGCAGGCGGACAGGCUGAAGAAGGAGGAGGAAGCCGCCAAGGUGGCAGCCAAGAAGGCCGCCAAAGAUGCCGCCAAGGCCAAGAAGAAGGAGAAGAGGGCCAAGGCUGCUGCUGAAGCUGGCGGGGACGUCGAGUCGUCCGCCAAAGGAGGUGCCCAGAACAUCGAUGUGACGACUGAGGGCAAGACUGAUGAGGCCGUUGAGAAGGUCACGGAUGGAGUAGCCCAGGUCACGAUCCCUACGUCGUGAGUGCUAGAUAUUGAUUCCUCCUAGUCAAUACUCAAAGAAGACCACGUCUAUAGAGUAGCUACUGGAUUCCUUCAUAUCCUCAUGAUUAGAGCGUUGUUAUCUUUCUUGUCGCGAAUUGCCAAAUUGCCCGUCUACUUUUCCCUCUUGAUUUGUGUUGAUGUUGAUGCAUGUGAAGUGUUAAUAUGAGAUACGAUGUAGGUGCAAUGACGUACGGCUGAUGAUUGAUGGGUUUGGUCCUGGCUUCCGGUUUUUUUUUUUGUCCCUUCGUCUUUAUCCGAGUGCACGAUUCAACUGAAUUAGGGAAUUCAACAUGACUCUCAAACUACUACGUACG